GUCUCUCAAAGGUGACGUGGCAAUCGCGCGUCGCAGCAUUAACACGUCACUCAAGCUUUAACUCGUUGCUAUGGCAAUAGCCAGCAUCCAGCAACUCGCAAGAAGUAGAUAAAGUGCACUUUUUUUUUUUACAGAUUUAUCGAUGAAUGUUUGGGUAUUUCAUUUUAUGACUGAGUCUGUAGAAUCCACUGCCAUUACUAUAAACGACAUUUCAACGGCUGAAAAUGAAACAAAUAAUUCAAAGGUUAUAUAACGUUACUCAAUUCUUAAAAACGUUAAAAACAACGUUCAAACCUGUCCCAGCGGUUGAGCUAACGUUAGCUGUCAGUUGGCCAACCCAGCACGAGACAAUUUCUGACCAAUGACAGGGCUGGGUUUAUGAGACAUGAGCUCACUUCCUUUAGUUGUCUCCAUAGAAACACCUUAAACUGUCAGUUGUACUGAUACGGACAGGACCACAAUAACUUUAUUUAGACAUCUAUUACUAUUAGCAUAGCUAUUAUUUAGUUUGUUUGUUUGUUUGUUUGUUUGUUUCAAACGUCCUUUAAUAUAUUAAAAUGUCCUCAUCGGAGUCAGACUCCAAAGUUGUCACCGAAGAUGAAGAUGAAGAUGAAGAGGAACAAAUAUAUCGAUUGAUUUAUAACAUGAGCACCACAGGUGACAAGGAAGAAAAAGAGAAGGUUCAGACCCCACCCAGUUCUGGGGCUAUACCUGUGCAUCUGAAAAUUGAUGCUGAAAAGACACAUGCAGUUGUUGACAAUACAGAGAGACCAGACAUGGCUAGCAUCCAAGACAUCCCAGUGAUGGCAAAUACAGAGGAGACACCAUGGGAGAAGGCUGGUGCUAACAUCUCAGAUUACUUUAACUAUGGUUUUGAUGAAGAAAGCUGGAACACCUACUGCAAGAAACAGUCGAAACUGCGUGCAGCUAAUAGAAAACUAUGCACUAAAAUCAUGAUCCAGAAGGGGCAUCCUAGACAUAAAGAAAAAGUGUCUGCUUAUCCUUCCUCAUCUACAUUUGCUUUCAGACAACAGUCAAAUGCUACUAGAGAUGUGUUUGGAGGACAACCUGGGCCCAGCAGCAGAGUGGAAGGGCAUCGAUGUCUAAGUGAUGAAGGAAACAAUACUCAGGUGGUUACUGAGAUGUUCCCUGAGGAAAGAAGUACUUUUUAUAAUCUGCCCUCUCCUUCCAACUACAAUUCUCUCUUUGCAUUCACCCCUCCACAACCUUUGCCUCACCGACGAGAACCCCCUCCUCUCCCAUCCCUUGAUACUUUGGACAGUGGUCACUCUAAAGGCUCUGAUGACCCCUCAACUUCACUGUGUCCAAGCUCAUCAGGUGUGUCACCCUCAAUCCCAAAGACUAUGACCUCCAGAACUGGAUGGAUUGAGACUGCCAAGGCCUGGGAAUGCUACAUAUGGCAGGACAGGUGUUACAUGAACACAACCAGAGCCAGAAAGCAUGGCCAUAAUAAACACAGUAAAAGAAAUAGAAACAAGAAGAACCCUCCCUCUUCAUACAACAGUACGAAGGAACAAAGGAGGCACAAGGACACUACGGAGCAACGGCACAAGCGGCGCAGUUUUGACAGAUUCGGUGGAGGAAAAGAAGAACAGCAUCAAGAAAGGAGGCACAGAGACAAAAACGAAGGAUGGCAAAAAUCAUCAUGCAGCAGUAGCAGCCGCAGGAGUCAGAGGGACAGUGAUGAGGACAGAGACAGUCAGAGUAGACACAAACCCAAAAAGGCCAAAAAGUAAUAAGGACAAGAAGUUCUCUGCUGAUCAAUAGAGACAAAUAAAAUCUUUCAGUCUCUCAAUAUAUAAUGAGAGAAACUGCCUUGUAACAUUUUACUGUAUGUUUUGUCAGAAAAGAGUUUAAUUAGAUUUUAUUAGUGAAAGAGAUGAAAUGUAUAUAUUGUGU